GUUUCACCCUCGCUGUAAAUCCUUCUUCCUCUCACUGAAGAGUCUAAAACCCAUUGAAGCUCCCUUCGUCUUCAACGUCUACUUUUCCCUCUCUCUCUCUCUCUCUCUAAACCCUUUGAAGCUUCUUUGAUCUGAGUCUGAGACCCUCGAGUCUGUUUGUGCUUGCAUUCAAGAUCGAGUGCUUGCAUUGUCGAUCGAGUGCUUCCUCGAUGGUCUCUAUUUAUUUCGAUUUCAGUUGUUGCAUACAUUUCUGAAUCGAGAUCUCGCGCUCAAAACUCUGGUUCUUUGUCUGUAUAUAGUGCUUGGAUUCCAUGAUCGUUGAAGCUCUCUUGCAGAUCUGAAGCUAAAAUCCUUCUCAAGCAUUUAAUUCGGAAGUACCAGAAGUCCUAACCCUAAAAUGCCGUUGGAUUUGAAAAUGCACUUUUCGCGCAUUGCUACUGUUGUAUUCCUGUAGCAGUGAGGCGACAGGAUUGGUGCGGUUGAAGGAGACAGAGCAACAGCACCCUAAUUUCUCGGUUCUUUCGUUCAGAGAUCUGCUACUCCUGGAGAUAGUGGAAUCUCUUCGAAGCAAGGAGAUAAGUGGGUAAUGGGUUGGACAAUAUUGUCUUCCCGGAUUUCGUUUAAGGGUAUAUUUGUAAUUCUAAUAUAGUGUGAAGCGCCACAUCACAUUAUUGUCGGUCGAAUCAUAUUUUCCCCUGGUUGAUGCGGCAUUAAGUAGGUGAGUCAAAUGAUCUGAUGGUCCACAUUACAUCAGAACCUUAUGGCGUGAGUGCGGACAGCUGACACCGAGAGCGUGGGGCCCGUUUCGGGAUAGAGAUUGGAGGGGUUGAGGUUGCAAAUGUUUGAUGAGCUAACCUCUUGUCUCUGAUAAAGUGAGAGUUGCUCUUCCAGAGACAGAUGUACUUCUGUGUUCUACAAACAGGGUUGGAAUAAAUGAAGCUCCCAGUGGAAGUUGCUCUUGCUUGUCUCAUUAGCUUACUUGGGAUUCAGCUUAGUCUUUGUGAUGUACUUUCUGAUACAUCCAACAUAAAUAAAUGGACAUGCACAUGUUCUUCUGCUAAUCAGGGCAGCCAGAAUUAUAUUCUUGCAGGGAACUGUUCUACAUCAUGUGAUUGCAGUCCAGCUGGAGGAGGAUCAACUGGAGAUAGAUGGACAUGUAUCUGUGCUGCUGAUGGAUUUCCUAAAGUAGCAUCAGACAGUGGUCAUACCAGCUGCUUUACAGCCUGCAAUUGUACUUCUGGAUCUCCCAAUGAAGAUGCACCUGCUCGAAGGAAGCAUAUUUCCAGUAAAGUUGUUGUGAUCAUUCUGUUACUAUGUGUUGUACUCACAACUUUUGCAUUUCUUGCUUCGGUGUUAUGUUAUGUCUAUCGAAAGGAAAAGUGCCCUAUCCAACCACCAGUAUUCUCAUCAGACAAAGAAACAAGUUGCAAUAGUGCUACCAACUUAAUAAGCCAUAAAAUUAAUUCAGUGCCAGAAUCCAGAGUUGAUAUUGGGUCCCCUAUCAAUUCUUUAACAGGGUGCUUUCACAAGGCUUCUUCCUUAUUUAGGAGCAAAACAGGAACCAUACACGAGACAAUUGUCCAAUUUUCUUACUAUGAAUUGGAAAAUGCUACCAAUAAGUUCUCCAAUUCUAAUUUAAUAGGAGUUGGUGGAAGCAGCUAUGUUUAUUGUGGUCAGCUCAAGGAUGGAAAAACUGUGGCAGUUAAGCGACUGAAAACCAAAGGGGGCCCAGAUGCUGACCUUGUUUUCCUAACAGAGAUUGAACUCUUAUCCAGACUUCAUCAUUGUCAUGUGGUGCCUUUGCUUGGCUACUGCUCAGAAUCCCAAGGAAAGCAUGCUCAGAGAUUGUUAGUGUUUGAGUACAUGCUCAAUGGUAAUCUGAGAGAUUGUUUGGAUGGGGACUCAGGAAAAAACAUGGACUGGGCCACUCGUGUUUCGAUUGCUCUCGGAGCAGCCAGAGGCUUAGAAUAUCUUCAUGAAGCAGCUGCUCCAAGAAUUUUGCAUAGAGACGUUAAAUCCACAAACAUUCUUCUGGAUGAGAAUUGGAGAGCCAAAAUAACUGAUCUUGGUAUGGCUAAACGCUUGAGAGCUGAUGGCCUUCCUAGCUGUUCCAAUUCUCCAGCAAGAAUGCAGGGCACCUUUGGCUAUUUUGCACCGGAAUAUGCUAUUGUGGGGAGAGCCUCCCCUAUGUCAGAUGUUUUUAGUUUUGGGGUGGUUCUUCUUGAGCUGAUCAGUGGGCGGAAACCCAUCCACAAAUCUACCAACAAAGGAGAAGAAAGCCUUGUCAUAUGGGCUACCCCUCGGCUACAGGAUAGUGGGCGAGUGAUGUCAGAGUUACCUGACCCACAUUUAAAAGGGAAUUUCCCAGAAGAAGAAAUGCAGAUAAUGGCUUUCUUAGCAAAGGAGUGCCUAUUGUUGGAUCCUGAUGCCCGACCAACCAUGAGUGAGAUUGUUCAAAUCCUUUCAACGAUUGCACCAGAUAAAUCUAGGAGGAGAAAUAUUCCAGUCAAUUUUUUUCAGAGGUUGAGCCCUCAUAGCAUGAAAAGUGAAGCACACAUGUUGAUACCUGACAAAAAAUCUGAGAGUCCUGUUGAUGUGGAGCUCAGGCGAGCGGGGACCAAUAAAUGGACAGAUCGUUGUUCAUUACCAUUGGAUAUUGACCGCACUCUCUGUAUUGGAGACAGUCAGACUAAAGCAGUCAGUGUUUCUGCUGAGUAUAUAGAGAGAUUGAUCAUCAUGACUUCAAAUGCUAGGAGUUGGCGUGGUCCAGCUGAUGAAACUGUGGACUUAACAGAACCCCGGUUUGAAUCCUUCUGCAUGGCAAAUGGUAGAUCACCUUGACAACAACAAAUGCCUGAAUGCCAAGGGGCAAAACUGGACUAUGUAUCAAGUCCAAGCAGGUCAGUGAGGACAAUGUAUAGUGAUGGUGCAAGUUUGAUUUAGUUACUUUCUCCCAUGUUGCCCAAUGACUUAGAAGAAACAAAGCAAGCAGGUCAGUGAGGACUUGUCCUUUUGAGUUCUUCCUAUUCCCCUAAAAAAUAAGGUCAUUAGGGGCUUUUUUGUUAGAACAGUUCGAUUUUUAACUUUUAGUAUUCAUGUUUUCUUUCAAUAUUUUAUGCAAGAAAUACAGAAAAUUUAACUUGUAUUUUAUUUAGGGAUAUACCCCUGCCAUAUGGGGGGGCACAUAACAUAUUCAGCCUCUUACAGAAACGAAGAAAUUGCACAAUGACUGCCAAUUUGUGACCCA